AUGGGCAAGGCCAUCAGGAGUGCCUUGGAAUGGCAAAACUCCCAGGCUAGCAAAAUCCCCUCUGCUUCGUCUAAAGACUGUCCUACAAAGAAAGCUCCACCGCAAUCUCAGGGUAUGGAAAACGCCUUCUCCUGCUAUUCAGAUGCUGCUUGGAAUAGUAAUUCUUGUGCAGGAGGUUUGGGCUGGAUCUGCUAUAAACCGGAUGGAACAAAGUUGCUUCAGGGCUCUUCGGCGCACCAAAUUAUUGCCUCUGUACUGGUUGCGGAAGCCCUAUCUCUAAACGCAGCCAUUAAAGCAGCUAUCGCACAUGGUGCAAAAGACUUGGUCUGUUUCUCAGACUCAAAAAGUCUAAUCUCUCUGAUCACAGGAAACAUGUCUGUGAUCUCACUUCAAGGGAUCCUCCAUGACAUCGGCGUGUUGAGCCGGUCCCUAUCAUCUAUCUCGUUUAAGUUCGUUAGUAGGAAUGGUAAUGUUGAUGCUGAUAGUCUAGCUAAAUCAGCUCUGUUUUCUGUUUCAAAUUCCCCCUCUGGGAUUGUGAACGAUGUUCCUAGUUAA